AUGGAAAACAUAGUGGCCAGCAUCCGAUCGUGCACAGCGUCGAGGGAUCUGGAGCAGGCCCGGAGCAUCCACGCCCGGGUUCUGGAGAGCGAGCAUCGAGACAACACCCUUCUCGCCAACUUGCUCAUGAAAAUGUAUGGCAGGUGCGGAUGCCCAGGCGAGGCACGCAAGAUUUUCGACGCCACGCUCCAUCCCAACGCCUACUCGUGGAGCAUUCUCAUUGCUGCGUAUGCUUUCAACGGCCAGCUUGAUCUCGCUCGCCAAGUUCUGGAAUCAAUGCGAGAGCCCGACGUCGUCUCGUGGACAGCGCUUCUCACAGGCUAUGCCCAGAACGGGGAUCUGGACUCCGCGCAAACAAUCUUUAAUUCCAUGCCUGUGAGAAACGUUGUUUCCUGGACGGCCAUGAUCACUGGCUAUGCCCAGCUGGGCCAGUUUCUAAAAGCCGAGCUCUUGUUCAAGGCCAUGCCAGAGAGGAACAUAGUGUCUUGGACGGCUAUGGUUUCUGCAUAUGCCCAGAACAGGCAUUUGCAAGAAGCUCGCGCCUUGUUCGAUUCCAUGCCCGAGAAGAACGUCGUCACGUACAACGCGAUGAUCCAAGCGUACGCCGAUUCCCGAGAGAUCGACGAGGCGAGAGCUUUGUUCGAUCGAAUGCCCUCGAGGAACGUUGCGUCGUGGAAUGUGAUGCUCAAGACUUAUGCCGAGGCUGGGCUUGUGGACAAGACGGAGAACUUGUUCCUGGACAUGCCCGAGAAGGACACCGUCUCGUGGAACAUCGUGAUCCAAUCCUACUUCUCCAGCACCAAGAUCGAAAAGGCGAGGCAGGCCUUCGCAGAGAUGCCUCGCCCGGACGUGGUGACUUCCAACAUCAUGAUCGCGGGCUUCGUCCAGAACGGGCAUCUGGACGACGCGAGGAAGAUCUUCGACGAGAGGAGCUCGCAGCUCGACAUCGUCUCCUGGAACACGAUCAUCUCGGCGUACGCGCAGAGGGGAGACUUCGCAGUGGCGCAGGAGCUCUUCGAUUCCAUGACGCACCGAACGAAGAUCACUUGGAACGCUCUCUUCUCGGCAUACGCCCAGCACCGCCGUCUGGAGGAGGCCAAGCUUCUCUUCGAUCGAAUGCCGCACGAGAGAAGCACGGAGAUUUGGAACGCGCUGGCGGCGGCCUACGUCCACGACUCGCGAUUCAACGAGGCCAAGCGAUUGUUUGACGAGAUGCCCGAGAGAGAUGUCUUCUCCUGGACGGGGAUGGUGGCGGCCUACACCACGAGCGGUAACUUGGAUCUUGCCAGGAGGAUGUUCGACAGCAUGCCCGACAAAGAUCUUGUCGCCUGGAACUCGAUGAUUGCAGCGCACUGUCGUGUCGGGAAUGUGGACGACGUGCUGCGCCUCUACACCGGUCUGCUGCUGGCCGGCACUGUCCCCGACGAGGUGACAUUCACGACCGUGCUGGGAGCUUCCAGUCACGCGGGGCUCCUGCGCGAGGGACUGGCUUACUUCGUCUCGAUGACGCUCGAUCACCGGAUCAUGCCUUUGCAGCGCCACUACCGCUGCGUGAUCGAUCUUCUCGGGAGGUCCGGGCUGCUGCUGGAUGCCGAGCAACUGCUCAAAGGCCUGCCUUACAACUUCGCGGCGGAUGACAUCGCUGGAGCGGCGUUCCUGGGAGCUUGCAAGACGCACAGAGACGUCGAUCGUGGAGCUCAAGUUGCGAGAGAAGUGAUAGAUAUGGAUGCCAAGGAUGACACUCCAUAUGUGCUUCUCUCCAGCAUCUACUCCGGACGAAGAGCUGUGUAG